AUCCUAGAUGGUUGGACUUAAGGCUUACCUCCUUGAGAUUACGAGUUCGAUUUCAUGAACACUCCAGGAGUAAGGGAGGUACCAUGCUCUGCUCCGGGUAUGAGUUUGCUAACAAAGUUAAAAAAAAGAAAGAAACAAGAGUAGAAUAAAGAGAAAGACGGUCUUGAUGGAAGAAAGCUACAAUCAAAUUUAUAUUAUCAAAGGACAGUGGCAGAGUGGGGGGCCAUCCUCUCAGCCUGUCUCUGCUCGAUCCCAUUUCAAACAAAUAUACCCCAAUUUUAACAACACCGCAACCAAUAAUCACAACAAUAAUACGAAAUGUGUAUAUAUCAGUAUGCAUUCUUAUAGACCACUCGAUGGCCUCUCUCUUUAUUACUAUUAUUUAUGGUUCAUGCAUAAUUUUAUAUGCACAAACAGUUGAACAAUCAUCAAGACGCUACUCAUUGUGAUUGAUGUAUAUUUUACUUAUUAUUUUUGGUAUAAUCACAACUCAUACACAUGCUUUGUUUCCCUAAACUCUCUUUGCCUUCUCUCUAAUCAACUUUCCACUUCUAUUUUAUUCUCUUCCCAUCACAUAUUCACAUGUACUAAUACUACCACUUCUCACUACAAAACUAAAGAGACUUAUACUUCUGCCUAAAGUACAAAUAAGUCACUUAUAUGGCAACAAAGGAAAAACCAAAGAAGGGUGGUGGCGCUACAAUGCAUGUCUACAAGAUGGAUACCGGCUAUGCCAUGGCGCCACCGACUCCGAUGGUCACUAAAAAGAUGGUCUCAUCGUCGCGGAGUUGGGGUCUUUUGAAGAGGUCCAAAACGUAUAAGGAUAAUAAUGUGGAUCAACUAAAAGCAGGAGAGAAAGAGAUUAAUGUGGUUGUGGAAAGAGGAAGAAAAUCAGUUUCGAAUAUAGUGGAGGCUAGAAAAUCAGUUUCGAAUAUGGUGGAGGCUAGAAAAUCAUCGGUGUCGAUUGUGGAGGGAAGGAAAUCAGUGGCUUCGAAAGUGGAAGCGAUCAACGUGGAAGCGAUGGCCGGUUUUUUGAAAGCCAAGGUUCUGGUGACGGACAUGCCAGGGUUCAUGCAGGUCCAUGCACUGCGGUGUGCUAGGCAGACUUAUGACUGUUUAGACAACUUUACUCCCAAGACCUUGGCUCAUAACAUGAAAAAGGAGUUCGAUAAAGUAUAUGGACCGGCCUGGCACUGCAUUGUGGGCUCAAGUUUCGGCUCUUUCGUUACACACUCCACUGGAUGUUUCCUCUAUUUUUCCAUGGAUAAUUUGUACAUUCUCGUCUUCAAAACUAAAGUUAAAAAAGCUACAGAUUGAAGUGAGCCCAGAGGCCACACCUAUCAAUACAUAUAUUUAAGAUCAUGUUCUCUAUACAGGACCAACAGAGUUAAAUAUACUGUUUUCCCCCUUAAUUAUUUGAGUGAGCCUGAUUCUUGAAGAAGAAUCAUUAGUCUUCGUCAUAGACUAGUAGUUGUUUCAUGUUUGGUCGAUGAAAUCCAAAUGUUACGUUUACUUUCUUCAUUCAUCAGUAGUAAAUACCAUUUACCUUGUACGUGUUUGCGUUCAUUGUACAUAUAAAUAAUGGAUGCGUUCGGGA